UUCACUGAACUAACUUUAAAACCCAGUUCUAAUACAAUGCACUUACACCACGCGUGCGUGUGUGUGUGUGUGAGAGACGAUUAUAUAUCUAAAAACACCGUAACACACAGGGAAAGGCUGAAAUAAGCGGUAAAAGAAAGUCAAAUAUAAACUUGCGUUGCGACGUCACACUUCCGACUUCCGUUGACGACGAGUCCGUCUAAACCUUGUUUCCGCUGCACGGUCGCCGUGUUAUCUCGCAGCGCGGGAACGUUCCACUGCGUGACUGACUGUGAGGAGGAUACGUUUUUGGGGGAACAAAAUAACAGACAGAUAUGGAUCCUCUGGAGGUCGAGUUCCUCGCCGAGAAGGAGACGGUGAAGAUUAUACCGAACUUCAGUCUGGACAAGAUUUAUUUGAUCGGGGGCGACCUGGGCCCCUUCAACCCUGGCCUGCCAGUGGAUGUUCCCGUGUGGCUCGCUCUGAACUUGAAACAGAGACAGAAGUGCAGAAUUGUUCCUCCUGAAUGGAUGGAUGUUGACAAACUGGAGGAGACACGAGAUCUGGAAAGGAAAGAAGACACUUUUACACCUGCUCCGAGUCCUUACUACAUGGAGCUGACCAAACUGCUGCUGAACCACGCGUCUGACAAUAUUCCUAAAGCAGACGAGAUCCGAACGCUGGUCAAAGACAUCUGGGACACGCGCAUCGCUAAACUCCGCCUGUCUGCUGACAGCUUCAUCAGUCAGCAGGAGGCUCACGCUCAGUUGGACAACCUGACUCUGAUGGAGAUCAACACCAUCCGGACGUUUCUUCUCGACUCUCUCAACUGCAUGUACAAACUGCGCUCCAACCUGCAGCCCGCCUCCAGUAAAGGACAGUACGCAGACUUUUGAUCCACUCGGUCAAAGCCCCAAAGGGGUUGUACUUCUCUGCUGGGGAAGGUGCUUAACUGUACAUAUUUAUAAGCUUUAUAUGCUUCUCUUGUUUGCAGUGUGCAUAUUUAAUGUGAUUUCAUUUAGGAUGUUCGAGCUACUGUGCUUUUGUAUGUUUCAAAAAUAAUAACAAAAUAAAUGUUUCCUUGUUGGUAG